AUGGCAAGAAAUUCGGAUACAGAUCGGCUAGAUGCCGAUAUAGAGCUUCAAAAUCAGACAUCAAGAAGAAACUCGUUCCAAUUAGAGGAGUUGAACAACUUUGCCAUUGACGAUGAUGACGCAGAUCUUGUCUAUCAUCCAGAUUCCCAUAAGAGAUUGAACAAUCUCAGUGGUGACUUAGCGGGGAGGUCCUUUUACCAUAGACUUCACCAGUUUCUGAGUCUACCUAAAACAAGAAGAAAAAUAUCAAUUCUUGGUAUAGUACUUUUCAUUGUGUGGAUUGUGCUCUUGGUGACUUUCGCACAUAGUGGAGCUUUUCAAAAUGGUAACAAGACGGUUUAUCCUGGUCAGAACUCGACUUCGCCAAACUCUACCGACGAAUCUGCGCUAAAAGACCCGCAAGAACGCGUACCGAUGACACUACAAGAUAGCAGGACUGGAGCCUUUUCAAUCUUUUCCUAUGAUCUUGUAUUCAUCGACAUCCCAGGCUUGAGCUAUGAAGAAGAUCAAGGAUACUACCUGCAUCGCUCAGGCUCGUAUCAUUUCCUCAAAAAAGCGUCUGAUAGUGAAUUCAAUAAGAAGCUGUACGAUCAACCGCAGGUUGAAUACAAUGGUCAGACGCAUAGAUUCUCCCUUAUAUCCUUGAACUCGAAGCUCAACAAAGCCCUGUUGGUGUCCGAGGUUGAGGCACAGUGGAGAUAUUCGAGCUAUGGUGUUUAUUGGAUUCUCGAUGUUGAUUCGGGGGCCAUCAAACCGGUGUUCGAAAAAGAUAGUGACCUCCCGAGAGUCAGUUUCGCGGAGUUUUCUCCUCAAGGUAGGUAUGUGACAUUUGUGUUCGAAAACAACAUCUAUCUAUUGGAUCUCCAAACCAAUGAACAAACUCAAAUUACAAAUGAUGGCAAUUUAUCAAUUUCAAAUGGUAAACCCGACUGGGUAUACGAGGAAGAGGUACUCUCGAGUGACCGUGCAAUUUAUUGGUGUCAAGAUGAAAGCCAUUUCUCAUUUAUCAGAUUUGAUGAUACGGACGUUCCCGUCUAUGACCUUGAGUAUUUCAGGGACAAUACGUAUCCCGUGACGGAGAAGUUGAAGUAUCCAAAACCAGGAUACAACAAUCCUGUUGUGUCUGUGCACGUGUAUUCAUUGAGCGGCAAGACUACGCAAGAAGUUACACACGAUGAUUCUCGUCUCGGUUCUGAUUACGUGGUGUACCAGAUGGCCUGGACUGACGGAGAACAACUUAUAAUUAAAGAAACUGACAGGACUAGCAGACUUGUUGAUAUCAGAGUUUAUGAUAGCGAGACAAAAAAAUCCACAGUUGUGCGUUCAUUUGAUACGAAGGAUUACGAGGGAUGGUAUAAUAACAAUGGAGACAUCUAUACCGUGCCAGGAGGGGGUUACAUUGACACAGUUGUCUAUGACUACCACGAUCAUCUGGCUUACUUUGAGCAUGCCACAGACUCUGAGCCUAAAAUAAUAACUAAGGGCGAUUGGGAUGUUGUUGAUGGUGUAGCCGGAUACAACCCGACAAGCAAAUUGCUCUAUUUGAUCGGUACAGCAGGAAAUGCUCUCGAAAGGCACAUUUUCACCGUUAAACUUGAUGGCACGGACCUCAAAAACCUCACCAAUACUGAGAAUGUCAGCACUUAUCAAUUGUCUGUCUCAAGUGGAGGGAAAUAUGGUCUCGUGAAAUACAAAGGACCUGCUAUUCCAACAGAUAAAAUCAUUCAAAUGGAAAAUUUCACAGAGGACAAAGAGGAGUACGUUCAAUCGAAGAAUUUAAACACUGCAAAUAUGGUCGAAGAAACUCUGAAGCGCUAUCAGGUGCCGUCCAAGGAGUACAAGACUGUGACUCUUGAAGAUGGUACCAAGAUUGAUGUUAUAGAAGUGAGACCAUUUGACUUCAAUCCUAGAAACAAAUAUCCUCUGCUUGUGAGUGUUUACGGGGGCCCUGGGGCGCAAAAGCUAUCGUCCGCGUUCAAUUAUGGCUUUGAGGAGGUACUCGUUUCAAGUCUGGAAAUUAUUGUUUGGUAUAUUGAUCCUAGGGGAACUGGAGGCAGAGGAUGGAAAUACAAAGCAUUCGCAAAAGACAAAAUAGGCUAUUGGGAACCGCGAGACAUUGUCGAGACCACCCAGCGGCUUAUUGAGACUACAGAUUACAUAGAUAUGGACUUAACCGCCAUCUGGGGGUGGUCAUAUGGUGGCUUCACCACUCUGAAAACGCUCGAGUAUGACUCUGGCACCACAUUCAAAUACGGGAUGGCCGUUGCUCCUGUGACCAAUUGGUUGCUUUACGAUUCGAUUUACACAGAGAGGUAUAUGGGCAGACCUGAAGACAAUGGAAACUACCAAAGUAUGUCCAAGAUUAGUGAUGUCGACAAGUUCAAGCAGGUCACUAGAUUUAUCAUCAUGCACGGUACCGCCGAUGAUAACGUGCAUUACCAAAAUACGCUACAACUUCUGGAUGCGUUCGACAAAAAAGGAGUUGAGAACUAUGAUAUGCAUGUCUUUCCAGAUUCGAACCACAAUAUCAAUCAUAAUAACGCCAACAUGGUUGUUUAUGAUAAACUCUACAAAUGGUUGGAAGCAGCCUUUGACAAGAAAUGGGUGAGCUUAUGA